AUGUUCAGCACCUUUCGCAGCAUCGCCUCCGAACCGGUCCAGGGCUCCACGCACACGGCACCCCGCAAAAGAGCCCAGGUACGCCGCGCCUGCGACGCAUGCCGCCUCGCCAGGGUGAAGUGCGACCUCACCAGACCGUGCAGGAACUGCCUGCACUCGGGUAGAGAGUGCGUGUCGUCUGGGGUGGUCGAGUUCAAGAAUGUUUCUUCUGCUACGAGGGAGGUCGAGAGGUUACGAGACAGGUUACGCGAGUUGGAAUCCCUAAAGAGACCAGUCGGCCUAGGCCCGAGUCCAGCCUCAGCCUCCUCCUCCGAAGACGACAACCGAGGCGGUCGGACCGUCGCGGCCCCCGUGACAGCAGAGUGGAAAUGGAAGGGCAUGGUGGUGGACGGACUACGGUACGGCCCCCUCUCGCUCCAAUACUUCAUCCACCGGGCAUCGUCGUACAUGGGCUGCGACAUCGGGGCCCCCCCGCCGCCCAUCAACGUCCUGAGCGCGCGCAACGUCGACCUCCGAGGGUGCGACCUGACGCGCCAGCAGCAGGACUACUUUGUCGAUCUGUUCUGGACGGCGUACCACGUGUCGUACCCUGUCGUGGACGCCGACGACUUCAAACCGCUGUACGACUCUCUCUGGGACGUCGGGGGCCUGAGCCGCCGGCCUGACCCGCUCGUCGACAUCGUCCUCGCCAUAUCCAUCCAAUACGCCUUCUCGCUCAUGGGCAUCCACGACCCGGCCACACGGUCCGAGGCCGAGCAGGCUGACCAGACCGAGCGCCCGGAGCUGGCCGUCGCGGGGAGCCCCUUCUUCCACCGAUGUCAGGACGGGCUGGACCACCUGAUGGAGUCGCCGGAUGUCAAGACGGUGCAGUGCAUGUUCCUGAGCGCUACGUACCUGUCAUACGCGCGGUGCUACAAUGCGGCCCAUACGACCGUCAAGACGGCCCGGCACGUCGCGUCCGCACUGGGCGUUGGCGACAGCUUCUACUCCACCGACAAGUGUGUGCUGACCCGGACGGCCCGGUGCCUGCGCGUCCUCGACUCGCGCAUCUCCAUGCGCCUGGGCCGCGUGGCCCAGACCUGCAGCGCCGUGGCCCUCCGCGACCCGUCGUACGUCGCGCCCAGCCACGCCUCGGCCGUCUUCCAUGACCAGCUGCUCCUGCUGUGCGAGCUGGCAGAGGACGUAUACCGGUGCUUCAUGGACCAGGCCAACCACCUGUUCGGGCCCGGCCGCGACAACAUGUACUCCGACGUGACCAUGCGCAACGAGGCCGGCCUCAUCAUGACGGAGCAGAUGAAACGGCUACACGAAUGGACGAAGCAGCGCCACCGCAUCACCCUGGAAUGCCACUAUCACGACGUGUGCUUGACUCUGCUACGAAUAUUCAUCUGCUUCUCUCCCAUCCCCGUCGUGGGCGCCUGUGACGCCGACAAGCUGUGCGUGCGCUGCGUCGACCACGCCUUCACCCUCACCACCAUCAUAUCCCAGGCCUCGCGCGAGACAGAUAUAAUAAAGGGGUGCUUCCAGGCCUUUGAGUGGCAGGAGAAUGCCACAUACGCCCUCGCCGGCUUCGCAAUAGCUUACCCGGCGUGUCAGACCACCCUGACCGCCAGGAGGUCCCUUGCUACUGCCAGCCGCAUGUUUGAGCAGUCUGGGUCCGGGACUCCUGCGUCUGUCAGGAUGCGUCGCCUGUGUUCUCUUCUCGAUGCCGAGAUUUCGAAUAGUGUUGUUAGGCUGCGCGAGUCGAUUCCUGCUGUUAUACCUACACCACCGGGCACUGAUACUUCUGUCGUACUCUCGUCCGGCGCCAUUACCGCUGGUGUAUCUCAAACCCCAGAGCAUCAGGACCGGAUGAGACAGAAUAUCGACACAUGCCCGCUGCUAUAUCCUUCUCCCGACUGGGACUCGAUACAAGCUGAUUUCUUGAACAGCGAAGACUUCACCGUCUGA